CGGGAGUGAAGUUAAAACGAAGCCCUGUGUCGAAGCAGUGAUCCACUUCAAUUUCCGCGCAGAUUUUGCAAGAAUUUCUCUCUUUCAGGACAUCUUUACUACACUUUGCGUCGGAAUAGCACUUUCCCAACUCAACUAAAACUGGAUAUGAAAAUUUGGUGAAGAUGGAGGCGUACGCAGGAGGUCGGCAAAAGACCAGCAGUGACAAUUUUGAUGACUUGGACCUUGAGAGGCCAAGUACUAAACCCAUAGACCCUGAAGAGCUGGACGACAAUGACUUGAGGCACAAGCUUAUCACACCUCUUGGGCAGCAGAAGAAGACGACAGCUAUCAAGAUCAAUUUACACACAGACAGCAGGAAAUUGGCUGAGACCAAGCCACCGAUUCCGCCGCCACUGCCCAAAUUACCCCCACACACUCCAAAUUUCAUACCGCUGGGGUUUUCACCCCUAGGGCAUCCCCCACCUCCUCCCCUUAGAUUGCCUCACAUGAAUCCUCUCGGAGGACACAUGGGCAGCUCCUUAGGCCUUCCUUUUGGUGCUCCCAUUGGCUUAAACCUAGCUCCGCCACUUGGUUUUUCAUUGAAUCCUUUGCCUCCACGUGGAGUCCUGCCAGGUUCGCACAUCAUUGCUCCUACCCCAGUGGAGAUUGUGGAACAGCCUAAAAAGGAAGACAAGCCAAAAUUGCCGGCAGCGGCCGUGGACAAGCAAGAGAAGCUUAAAGAAUUGCGCCAAACGCUUGCAAUUACUAUUUACCAAGCCGCCGAGCUCGACAAACAUUCAUACAGAGGCCCGUUGUUCAAAAGAACCACCUCUAAUCCAAACCUUUUCCUUUGCCACAUUUGUAACAUCAAGGUCCUCAACAAUGAUGUGGUGAACCACCAUAAAGGCAAAAAGCAUACUUCAAAUUUGGCUUCAGUAGAAAUCGUGAAUCUUAAAUCUGAUAAAGAAGUGGACCCCAAAGAGCCUGAAAUACCUGGUGUUGAAUCAGUUAUUCGUGAGGUGCCCUUGUGCCAAGCCAUGUUGGACGCAUUCAUUGAUUCACCAUUGAUAGGACUGGAGUAUUUGGUUGAGUUGUUAGAUAAAGAGGAUGAAAAUUGUCAUGUGGUUUGCUUCUUAUGUGACAAAAGAGGAGAAAGCCUCAUGCAGAAUGUUCGACAGAACAUCAUUUCGCAUAUGAUUGGCACCACUCAUCGCAUGAACUAUUUAAAACGGCAUUUUCCAAGGGCACAUGAAGCAUUGAUUGGCGUGCAAAACAGCAAGGACCUAAAAUUAGAAACAGGUCGCUUUGUCCGGUUGGUUAUUGAGGCGAUUGAAAAGGAAUAUGGUCGCCUGAAACCAAUACUGGCUGACAGUCGCACCUUUCGAGUCAGGUGCAAUGAAUAUAAGGAAUUGACUGAAAAUGCCAAACACUUCAGUGAAACGCCGACCAAAACUUUCACGGAGUUGAUUGGUCCAAUUAAAAGAUCGCCAUCUGUGGAGUGUGUGGAACUCAGUCCAGUCCGAAGAGUAAGGAGGAGCAGAAGCCCAAACAGGAGAGCGCGAAGCCGCAGUCCAAGCAUUCGAUGGAAUUCUAGCCCAGGUAGAAGUACAAGCCCUGGCAGAUCUCGCAGUUCAGAGCAAAGAAGAAGCCCUGUACGUCGAAGGGGGCAAUCAUAUAGAUCUAACGUGCGCCGUGAGAAGAGUAUUUCGCUAUCUCCAGAGGGUGGCUCAAGCAGAAUGUCUCCGUUUGAUGAAAGAAUUCAAUGUAGAAAAGAAUCGGCAACAUUUGAUGAAGAGUCUGGCCAAGAAGUUGUUGAAAUUCAUCCAAAUGGUAAAAAAACGACAUUAGAUGACGCUCUACGUGACACUAUUCCUAUUUCGCGCUCUGGAUCUGACAUGUCCAUGUCCCCCGAGCCCAUUUCUCCUAGAAUAGCGCCAAUAAUCAGUACUUCAAGACGCCACUCUCCUCAUUUUGGAAGGUCAAGAUCUCCAAAACUAGAUCAGUAUGGUAGAGAAGUGAGCAUGCGCCGUGAUAAGCGCUCCCGCUCGCCUGAUAGCAGGCGCGGUCACUAUAGCAGAAGAUCUCGCAGUCCUAAAAGAAGCCGCAAGUCGCUGUCCUGCAGUCCUAUCUCUAGCAGAAGCGGGUCAGACUCUCCACGCCCCAUGUCCAGAACUUCUGACGCUUGGAGUUCCAGUUCAAAGCCAGCUAGCUAUGGAGAAAAAUACAAGAGGGAGUGUGAACUGAUUGAGAGGGAAAUCAAAAAGAAAAGGCGUCACUAUCAAACCCAACCUGAGAAGCAUCCAGCUUAUAACGAUGAAUGGAAGCUGUUCUGGAACAGAAAGCAGCAAGAAGUGAAGCAAAGUGGCAGGAAUCCAGCGAAGUAUGAUUAUACGCCUGAGUGGAAGGUGUUUUGGAAUGAGAGAGUGGAAGAUUUGUACAUUAGAGAGUUGCAAGAACGCAAAAGUGAGCUGAAGAAACGCAUGAGCUUUGCAGACGAGAGCAACAUGCCACGAUCAUCCAGAGGAUCCAAGUCUAUGUCAAAAGGAGGUUCUGUGGCUGAUGUCAAAGAAGUGUGGAAGAAUCUAACAGGUGGUGACAUCAAGGAAGAUCACAAACCAGAGCCAAAGCUGGUGAAGCCUGAAUAUCGCACGGUUUUGGGUGUGCUCAGACACUUGACAGCUCUGGAACCUCAGCUUGGAUCUCUUGGACCAACUGUCAACAAACUUCUUGGCAAAUCUUUAGCAAUGGAGAAAGUGAAAAAAGAGUCUUCUGAAGAUAUUCUACGUGACAUUGAAAAUGUUGUACUUUUGGAGACAAUCAAAGAAAAAUUUCGAGGUCAAUUGAUGGCUGGAAUCGUUGAGCGCUUCAAUGUCGCAGCCACAAAAAACGCAAUCAACAACAUCACUUGGGUGCUUGACAAUGCCCCACCACCGACAGUCCAGGAGCGGAUACUGAAAGCUGAGGAAGCGCCGAAGGUUGCUGCUGUUGAAAAAAUUGUCAAAUCUUCCAUCCUCUCCGCUGCACCCACCGCCAAGCCUUCUGAACCCAAGAAAGAAGCGGAAAAUAUCGCAGUUCCUGGAGUAGGAAACAUUGACAGGAACGCAAUCGCCUUGCAAAUAGCGAGCGCGCUCCUUGCUCAAGGUAAGACUGACAUCACUAACGAAGAGCUGGAACAGUUAGUUGAAGCUGUGGUCGGCAUGGCUCAGAAAAAGAACGCUGAGGCCAAAGAGGAAAAGAAAGUUGAAGUCAAAGAAGUAGAGCAAGAGAUCAAAGAGGAGGAAGUUGCCACUAUCCCUGAAGAGGAAGCUCCUGCAGACAUGAGUGAAGAUGAUCUCAUAUCUUGCUUAAAGAUCUUUGAGUUUCUUCCUGAACACGAGAAGCACUCAAUAAUACUGCAACUUCAACGUCUGGAAGAGACUGAUCCGGAAAAAGUGAAGGAGCUUCGAAAGUUUGUUAACGCAGGCACUGAGAUGAACUCGCCAAAAGAGCUGUUUGGGCAAGCAGCAUCUGACGACGAAGACUAUUUGGACUCGGACGUCCUGAACGCUGCUAAAAAAAAUGUUGAGCAAGAGAUAAAACCUAAAGCCGCAGACAGCAAGACUCUGCAAGAGGCUACUGACUCAAUGAUGGCUGGUUUGAAAGGAAAGCGGCUGAAUAGACAGGCUGACGCCAUCAAGACGGAUUUGCCGUUACCACCAAUAGGUAAUGUGGUGCCAGCUGCACCAUUAGCAGCAGCAGCAGCAGCUGUCCCUCAAAGUGCUGGACCUUACUACGAAACAAGCCAGAAUGUUUAUUUGAACGCAUUCCAACAUCAACAAAUGCAGCUUCAUGCACAGCAGCCGCAGCAGCACCCUCAACAGCAUCAGAAUAAUCCCUAUGAGCAACAACAGAAUUAUCCGUAUGCUUCGUCACAAUACCCGCAGUACGGUGGUCCUUCUUAUGGUUAUUAUCAUCAAAAUUGGACCCCUUACUUUGAGAAACCGAUUGAUUUUCACCGAGAUGUAGAACCCAUUCCGAGGGCCUAUGUAGUUGACAAAAAAUAGCGCAGACCCACUUCCACCCUUGUGCGGUUGUUAGACAUAAAGAAAUAAAAUGUUCAAGAUUUUUUAUUUUGAUCUGAGUUGCGUGAACCGCGUGUUUUUUAUGUAUUCAAAUUCUCCUUGUAUUUGAAAUAAAAAUACGAUCUAAUUGAAUUAAAAUUAUUUCAUUCCAGGUAAAAAGGAACCAUAAAUAGUGAAUGUCAGCAGGUUUAAAAUUUGCAAAAGACCAGCAGGUCAUGAAAAUUUAGGUGCAAAUGUGCAAUUAUUACUGGUGGGAAGGGAAAUUUGCUUUAUUUACCAACAGUUGGGUGUUUUGUUAAGUACUACCUGAGAGCGCUUGGAAAUUACGCUCUGAAGUACUUUAACUUAUCACUGGUGGUGCCACUAAUUUUGUUUUAUCUCUGGGGUUUACUGAACCGAAAGUUUGACACAAAACUAUUUUGCUCAGAUUAUAGGUGGGAGUUAUAUCAAAUCGCUGUACAAAAUAAAUGUUCUCUUAAAGCUGUGAAAAUGUUUAAAGUUCAUGCCAUACAUGAAUUGUGUUCAAAUGGCUACUGAAAUAACCUAGUCAUUAAAAAUGCUCGUCACGGGGUUUAAUUUAAUUUUAAUUUGCUGACGCACAACUAUUAUGCAUCUGCGUAAGCAGCGUCUGUUCAUUAUCACGCGCUUUCCCAUCUGAUCCUCACUAAACUCAUUUUAUUUUAUUCUUCAAAUUAAACAAUUUUACGUGAGACAAAUAAAGGCGCAUUGUUAUAAAAAAAUAAUAAUUGGAACUCUUGGUACUGAAUAUCACAUAAUAAAAUUAUUGGCUAUUGUCUAUUCGCAGUGUGAUUUGAAUGAAACCCUCGUGCCCUCGAAAGGUCAUCCACUCAAAGGUUGUACGUGACGAGCUGUGGAUUCUGUGGUGCGCAGGUCCGCUCCAUCCAGAAGAGUGUGGCGUGCUCGCUAAAUAUACACCAGAGUGGUCGAUCGAUCGAGACGAGCCCCCUACUAGCUCGCAUAUCACGGUGCACUCGCUCUCCUCGCUUCGGCUGAGCAACAAACAAACGUGUCUCCAUGUGAGGUGCUCAUCGCAGACAAGAUUGAAGCUUUCCUGUUGUCCCUGUUGCCGGCUGCUUUGGCCCAACGUCUCCGUAGAACGCCGACAAUCAUGG